AUUUUUCCCGCUCGCACCAGUACGAAGUUCAAAGCAAAUAUGCUCCCCGCCCCUGCCCAUACCCGGCAUAGACCGGUACCUGAUCUCCUCUACCAAGACUCGUCACUGCAAUUUUUCGUGCGCUCGCAGCAGGACGGAGAGAAAGAUGGGUCGCGUAACAAAGAAAGUGACGCGUAAACACAGAAAAAAAAAUUACACAAAUUGCUGCAACUUUUAGAUAGUUCAAGCGAGUCAGACGUCUCGUCGUUGGAGAGUACAGGGACGGACUCGGAUUCAGAUGCGCCCUUAUCAAACCAUCCAAACGCAAGUCCCGGAGCCUGGCUCAUCCCAGGAUCAGGGUGUACAAAAUAUACUACAAUUCCUGGGUAAUCAAGCAUCUGCUAUAAAAGGACCAGAGGUCAGUACAGACGUAGCAGCCCUGAUAUCUGAGUUUUUCCUCAAGGGAAUGAUAAAGAAUCUCGCAAAACUACUCUGGAAUCUUAAUCCCUGUUUGGCAAACUGUCCAGCCCUUCAGCCUCCAGUGAUUAACCCAGAGGUUCGAUCUUGUUUAAGUUCAAAUGCAGUUAAAGCGGAUACAUUCCUCUGUAAACUUCAAUUACAUCUGGGAUAAGUGCAACUGGCCGUCGGCUUCGAUAAGCAAUAUGAAAUAAACGAAAUCGAAUUCUACAGACGAAACACGAGCUGAUUUGGAAAGAUGC